AUGCCUGGAGAUGUGUUUGGCAGCAACCCCUUCAGCGCGACCAAGCUGCGGCUGCAGGCCAAGGAGGGGGCCGACAAGGUCGGGGAGGGCGUCGGCUUCCUCACGCGCGGCGUGCGGCUGCUGGGCAGUGACGUCGGCAACGCGGGGCGCCUCUUCAGCAAGGCGGCGCUCGGGGGCAUCCUCAAGCCGCGGGAGGUCACCGCGCUGCGCCGCACCGCGCGCGACCUGCUGACCUUCAUCCCCUUCAUCAUCAUCCUCAUCAUCCCCCUGACGCCCCUGGGCCACGUCCUCGUGUUUGGCUUCAUCCAGCGCUACUUCCCGGGCUUCUUCCCCAGCCAGUUCACGGCGCGGCGGCAGGAGAUCAUGGCGCGCUACGAGGAGCUGCAGAGGGCGCUCGCGCUCGCGCAGGAGGCGGCGGCCGAGGAGGAGGAGGAGGCAGAGCUGAAGCGCGCCGCCGCCGCGGUCGCGCGCCUCACGGCGCCGGAGCCCCCCAGCCCCUGCGCCGUCGGCGGCCCCAGCGGCGGCGCCAGCGGCGCCAGCAGCGGCAGCCGGGCGGACACCGACGAGUACGUGACUGAUGCCGACGCGUGCGCCAGCGGCGGGGACGGGGCCGAGGAGCCGGCGGGGCCCGCGGCGGCGAAGCUGAAGCUGCUGCAGGAGCAGGUGCUCGAGGCCCAGGCCGAAGUCCAUGCGGGCGGGUCAGAGGAUGAGGAGCGUUCCGCCCCGCUCACGCGGCUGCACUGA